AUGGAACAUCACUCUCAUUGUCAUGAAGAAAAAAUUAAAUUACCACCUUACCAACUUACCAAUGAAGAAAAAAAAGUUGCUGAACUAUUAGCAGAUAAUAUCUCUGAAGAAAAAUUAUUGGAAGCUAUUCAUUUAAUUUCUAUGAAAAAUGAUUAUAUUGUUUAUUUAUUUGAAAUUCAUUUUAUUGACCAUGUUAUUAAAAUGUAUACAAAGGAAAUUCUGCCUAAAAUAAAACCAUCUCAAUUAUUGAUUAAAAUUAUAGAACUAUUUGAUAUUAUUUCUGAAACAACCUUCAGAAAUUUAUUACUUUCUAUAAACAUUUUAUCACUCCUUAUUCCUGUUGGUUUUUGUAAUGAAGUGCCAAUGACAACAACUCAUUCUGUUCUUCGUAUUUAUGAUAAUCUAAUUUAUGAUGAAGAGUCUGCUUUAUUUUCUAUGUCAAAUCAAAUAUUUCCAUUAUUGAUGAUUUGGAGUGAAUUUGGUGAUUCUUCAGUUCAAUUAUUAUCAUUAGAAAUUUUGAUUAAACUUUGUCAUGUUAAAAGUAUUCUUAUAUUUAUUUCAAAUUCUCCAGAAAAAGUUGAUUCGUUUGUGACUCAAUUUAAGAAAUUACAUGAACGACCAAUAUUAACGAAAAAAAUAGAUGAGUUAUUCAAUAUUGUUUCAUCCAUUCCAUCAAUACGAUCUCGAUUAAAUUAA